AAAAGAAUCACAAAGGGAUUCAAGCAUACUGAGAUGGUUAUACUAUCUAUCCAUCAUUUCUCUGAAAAUUGCGUAUUGCUCAUCUCAGUUGUGGGAGCCUGACAUAAGAACUUUUCAAUAAAUAUAAGUUUUCUUCUUUAGCCAUCUCUGUAGGUUGGAUUCUGAUUGUAGUGGUUUCUUUCCUUGGAAGAUGUGCUAGUCACCUUGUUUUUGACAAAUAUUAAAGUGCCUUGUCAUCUAUUUUUUUACAGUAGGCAUGGAAGUAGUGUUUAGUAUAUUUUUAUAGGCUUUGGAGGGCUCAUAAUUUAUGGCUAUCUUCUAAUUGCAAAUAUAAGGAGGGGCAAUUAAACCAGAUUCUUUCCGGUUUCUUUUUCUCAUCCUGCCCUUAAUCCUUUUUGUUUCCUUCCUCAAUGGGCUAGGGGUUGUCCUAAAUACUAGCUAAGCUGAGAAUGACAGCAUAGUCUUUUUGUGACACAGACUGUGAUGCUACCAAAAGGUAGCUACUGAAGCAAAGUAAGCAACCAGUUUAGUCUUAGCUUGACCUGAAACUAGCUAUGAGGUAUCCUCUGGUUCCUUUGGUGAAUGAUUUGACCUUUCCUCUGCUCUUUUUUUGGUUUUGUUUGCCAUUUGGGUUGUUGUUGAUCCUACUGAUUAUCUGGCUUCACCUUUUACUCAAUGAAGCCCAAUUGCCCUGUGCCAAAGAAAUAAAGAAGCCAUCUUCUGAUCAGUCUGAUGACAAUGCAGACCCUAAAUCUGAGAAUGAGUCCCCAGGGAAUAAAAGCUGGAGUGAGAUGCCUGCUAUGGAGUUCCAAAAGGACAUGUGGAUGAAGGCCCCUAUGGGGCCCAAGCCGGCUUAUCUGAGUUCAAAACCAAGAGUCCAAACGAAAGGCCUCUUUACUGCAAUCUCGGAUAGUCUGUCAUGGGCCCAGGGGACAAGGCUAUGUCGCUUUGAGAAGAAUGCCCUGUAUAAUACCAUAACGCUACUGUGCACCCUGCUUCUUUCUUUCAUCUGGAACUUUGGCUGCCAAUUGCUCGAGAUCUCUAAUGUCCUGACGAUUCAGCUGCUGCCAUCAUCUCUGGUUAUCUGCCCAGCUCAGCUUUUCACCCUGCUGAGAGAAAAGGUGGUGAAAAUCUUGGAUGCCCUGAGACUAGAAAUCAGAGGGCUGUCUGCUUCAUUCACUGGGAGGAGAUAUGAGAAAACUGAAGCAAAGUGAUGCAGCAAUAUGCAUGGUGGUUCCAAACUGGAGAACUACAUUGGUGUGCAAAUAAAACAAGUGGGGAUGUUGCCACUAGCAGUAACCUAUUCAAUGUCCUUGAGAGCUGUUAGAGAAUUCCUAUGCCUCUGCUCCACACUAAUCUUGACUAUGUGUUCCUUUGUUUUUUUCUUUUAUUUUAAUCUACACACAGCAUCCACACACACAUCACAACUGGCUUCCAUGUGGAUAAUAUCAAUAGACCAACUACUGUCAGUUGAGCUGACACCUUUUGCCAGCACCAACCUCAUUUCAAACACUUAAGGCAAUGAACAUCUGUUGAUUGUUCAAGCACCAUUAUGCUCCAAUGACAGAAAAUAACGGUUCAUAUUUCAAUCAGCUCAUUGUUUUUUUGGUCUCUAACUUGUAAGACCCCAAAUGUUAGAGAUCAGCAGAUUUUUCAGUUCUCAGCUCCUGAGAAAUGGAACAAACCUACCUUAGAUUGCUAAUGGAUUCAUUGCCACACAAUAUACAGAGACAUUGGGCACAAGACUUCUCCAUUCCUGCCCAGUGUUCCUGGUGCAUUCUUUUUAAGCACUUAGCAUCUUGUGUAUAUGUCAGGUUGUGCCCUCAAAGGGGUACAUUUGUACUCAGAAAUUUAAAUUGCCUCUACUAGGUGCAGGGAUCGUAGGGCUGAUGAAAAUGGGGUGAGCCACUAAUUUGUGCCCUAAGGGAAUACCUGAUAGACACAUUGUAAGCAGAAGGGACACUGACUAUUGCAUUGAGGUCAAUAAGUUCUUGACAAAUCUUUAAAAGGACAGCAGAUCACAACCACACACAAGCUGUAUCAUUGUUCAGCAAUCAAAGCAUUCCCAGAGUUUGAAAGAACCUUUGUUUUUUCUAGAGAAGUUCUGUAAAUAAGUUGCUCUGCAUAGAAGUACAUGAAAGGACUGCAGAAUUAUUGUAUUAACCUAUGCAAUUGAUGCAGCCUGUCUUGAGCAUUUGUUGUCUUCUCCUAAGACACUUAUAAAAAAAACAGCUAUUACAUUUCCUGGGACUUCGCUGGUUGCUAAAUUCUAAAUAAAGCAUGUGGCAAACUG